AUGGGUCCUAAGAAUGAAGUGGAGGAUGAUUCCGUCGAAGAAACGUUAAUGUCAAUGCCUCAUCUAUCACGUAUUGAUCGACGAAAAUCAUCAAUAGCAGCCAUAUUUGAAGAUAGACGACAUGAUGUUGUCAUUAAACGUCCUAGUCUACGACGAUUAUGGGCUAAAUAUGAUGUGCCUUACAUUAUUGGAGAAGAAAUUACACACGCUAAACAGAAUUUAUGUGAAACAACAUUGUUAGUUGGUGCAUGGUGUUUGGUUGUCGUCUUUUUUCCAUUUUCUUUAUUUUUUACAUUGAAAGUUAUUCAAGAAUACGAACGAGCUGUGAUAUUUCGACUUGGACGAUUAGUGGCAGGAAGCACGAGAGGUCCCGGAAUAUUUUUCAUUUUACCUUGUGUUGACACAUUUUCUACUGUCGAUAUUCGUACUGUUUCAUUUGAUGUACCUCCACAAGAAGUAUUGACACGUGAUAGUGUAACGGUCGCUGUCGACGCUGUGGUUUAUUAUCGUGUAUUUAAUCCAACUAUAUCUGUCGCCAAUGUUGAAAAUGCUCAAGAAAGUACACGUUUACUGGCUCAAACAUCGCUGAGAAAUGUACUGGGUACACGAUUACUAUCAGAAUUACUAUCGGAUCGUGGUGCAGUAUCUAAUUAUAUGCGGGAAUGUUUAGAUGAAGCAACUGAUAAUUGGGGAAUCAAAGUUGAACGAGUGGAAAUUAAAGAUGUAAGAUUACCCACAAUUUUACAACGAAUUAUGGCAACAGAAGCGGAAGCAGCACGGGAAGCAAGGGCAAAAAUUAUUGCUUCAGAGGGCGAGUAUAAGGCAUCAAAAGCACUCAAACACGCAGCCGAUAUUUUAAGUGAAUCACCUUAUGCCAUUCAAUUACGAUAUCUUCAGACGUUAAAUAGUAUUGCUGCCGAACAAAAUAGUACAAUCAUAUUUCCUCUACCAAUGGAAUUUUUACAAAUUCUUCGUCCGUCUACAACUGCCGCAUCUCUAUCUCCACCGCCAUCACGUCUAUACUCAAAUACACCAACAUCUGCCAGAUCAUUUGAUAAAGAAAAGAAUAUUGAAGACCUUUCUGAACUAUUAAAUAACUUAUCACCUAUAGAAACAGAUUUGCCUCUUAUAGAAUCGUCCGAUACAAAAGAAAUUAUAUCACCAUCGUCCAAUUUAAAUUAUCCAACAACACACACAUCGAUAUUGAGUGACACAUCGGACUUACGUUCACACAAAGGUCACCCACAUCGAAUAAAUACAAUUCAAACUAAAACUCAACAUUCAACAGCAACAGCAAUCUAA